GAGAAAUCCAAGUCCCACCCUCGUCGUUGGGACUCCUUGAACGCAUUGGCGACAACGGUUGGACUUGGAGAGUAUGUGGAGGGAAAGAGCCACCCCACCUUCCGGAUGACAAACCACACCAAUAGACAUCCGCCACGUCACCGCAGGUGCGGCAUCCUAACCAACGCUCCCGCCCCCGCCCCCGCCCCCGCCCCCGCCCCACGUCCACUGGAAGACACUCGACAUAGAGUCAGGGAGAGAGAGAGAGAGAGAUGAUCAGCAGCGGCAGAGUAGCUUCCCUGGCUUCCCCCUCUCUGUUCCUGGCACAUGCAUCCUCCCAUUCUAGGUUCUUAGGGCUCAAGAAGCUCUCCUUUUCUGCUUCUUCCUCCGCCGCUUCCUUGGCCUGGUUCGCCUCCUCGUCUUCUCCUCCUCCUGCGACUAGAAUGGCGAGGAAUUUCACCACCCGAGCCUCCGCGCAGCCUCUCAAGAACGCCGACGAGCUUAUCGACUCGGUCAAGACCUUCAUCUUCGAUUGUGACGGAGUGAUAUGGAAAGGAGAUAGUUUGAUAGAUGGAGUCCCUGAAACCCUUGACAUGCUCCGGUCAAAGGGGAAAAGAUUAGUUUUUGUCACCAACAACUCAACAAAGUCUAGGAAACAGUAUGGGAAAAAAUUCGAAACACUUGGUCUUAAUGUUAUUGAGGAGGAAAUUUUCGCAUCAUCUUUUGCCGCUGCUGCAUAUCUGCAGUCCAUUAAUUUCCCAAAAGAUAAAAAGGUUUAUGUGAUUGGCGAGGAUGGCAUCUUGAAGGAGCUUGAGCUUGCUGGAUUUCAAUACCUUGGUGGGCCAGAACAUGGUGAAAAAAAGAUUGAGCUAAAACCUGGGUUUCUGAUGGAGCAUGAUAACAGUGUUGGGGCUGUGGUGGUUGGAUUUGAUCGUUAUUUCAAUUACUAUAAAGUUCAAUAUGGAACACUCUGUAUACGAGAAAAUCCUGGGUGCCUCUUCAUUGCUACCAAUCGUGAUGCUGUCACUCAUCUCACAGAUGCUCAGGAGUGGGCAGGUGGUGGUUCUAUGGUUGGUGCCAUUUGUGGAUCUACGCAACGUGAUCCAUUGGUUGUGGGAAAGCCUUCAACAUUUAUGAUGGAUUAUUUAGCUGACAAGUUCAACAUUCUCAAGUCGCAGAUAUGCAUGGUUGGGGACAGACUGGAUACCGAUAUUCUGUUUGGACAAAAUGGUGGUUGCAAAACCCUUCUUGUCCUCUCAGGUGUGACUACAUUGUCGAUGCUUCAAAAUCCCAAGAACACCAUACAGCCAGAUUUCUACACCAGUAAGAUUUCUGAUUUUCUUUCCCUCAAAACUGCAACUGUGUGAUCGUGCAAGCAUUUCACGGCAUCAUGCACAGGCUCGACAGUAUUAUCUUGCCAAAAAUGCAGAGGGAUAAAGUGCCUCUGCUUUUUUCUGCUCGAAAUUAUCAGUGCACAUAAAAUUUGCAGGGCUGUAUUGUUUAGGUGAACCAUCAUAAUAUUCAUGGUGCCAACAACAUAGAUUAUAUAUUUUUGUAUUUGAUUUAUCCCAAAUAUAAGUUCAUAUUUCUUGCA